UUGACAAGUCGCGUGAUCACUUUCAACGGCUGUGUUAAGAAGUUUAUGAAUUUAUUAUACUGCGGUAUUUCUUUUAAGUGUGAAGUAACGAAGAUUCUAUUUUUACAAUAUUGAAUGAUAACGAUUAAAAAAAAAAAAGUGUUCACAAAGUAAAAUAGUGCUAUAUAUUAGAAGUAAAAUAGUAAUAAUAAAGAAAUACUGAAUGCAGUAUUAAUAUUAAUUUUUACAAAAAUAUGUUGUCAGAGAAGUAUUUAUACAGUACUGGGAAUAUUCUUUCUUUGAAUGAGUUGAAAAAAAAAGCAGGACUUAAUUCAAGAGAUGAGUUAAUUGAAGCCCUUAAAAUAACUUUAGAAGAUAGCAAAGGCGAAGGAGAUGGGUCAAAUAUUAAUAAUAGUGUUGAAAUAAAUUCUGAUAAUAUAGAUAGAAAGGAGAUGAAAAUCACUGUAAAAGUAUUUUUAUCCAAUACAGAUUCAAAAUUUUUAAAAGAAGCUAUAGAUCAAGUGUGUGAAGUAUUAAAGACUAAUACAAUAGAAUCUCUGAUUAUAGUUAUAAAUAAACAUAAUGAUAUUGAUGAUAUACUUCGGUUAUUAGAAUCUUUAUGGACAGUUCUUGAAGAAUACUAUAAAAUGAAAAAAUUAACUAGUAUUGGCGUCAGUGACAUUGAUACAGAAAAAUUUAUACAAUUAUUUAAAUGGGCAAAAGUAAAACCUAAUAUCAUUCAAAUUAAUCUGGCAACAUGUUGCGUUGUACCACCUAUGCUUCAAGAAUUCACAAAGCAAAAUGAUAUUCAAUUAUUGACUCAUAGUGAUCCCAGUCCAAUUUUAACAGAGGAAUCUUUAAUAAAAUAUUUUGGCAUUGAUGCUGAAUUGAAUUGGGUGGCUCGCUAUCAAAUUCAUUUAAGGUGUCGAGGAGUUCUUUCAUCAAAAGGUUAUUUAGUUCGAAUCAAUAAAUCAACCUGAAGCAAAAAGACCUUCAAAAACUAUAAUUUUAAAUAUAAUAUUAAAAACAUAUGGUACAUUAUAAAUAUUGUGAAUAAGAAAUGCACUUUAGAGAUGGAGUUCAUUGAUGUAUUUUUUAUAUUCUAAAGAAAUUGAUACAACUACAAUAUUGUUAAUAUUGUAUUUAAGU